AUGGAGAAGAAACGAGAAAUUUCAGAGUACAGAGAGAGACUUGAUAAGACCUUGGCGUCUCCUGAUCUCACCAAUGAGCAGACUCUUAAAGCCCUAAUCAAAACACAGCUAAACCAAGAGUGUAAUGUGGAUAUAUUGGAUCAAAAAGUAGCUGGUUUGUCCACUAUACUUGAGAAGCUUAGGAGUGUAUCAACAAAGGAUCAAGAUUUAUCUAAAUCAAGCAACGAGACAUCGUAUGGUGAUUGGAAAGUGAAACAUGACCAUGAAGAUUGUCGUGUUAUGUACCGUGAAGGACUUGAAGGAAGUCCAUUUCAUACAUUGCUCGUUGAAGGUUACAUGGAUGGACCCAUCGAAGACUGUUUAUGUGUAUCUUGGGAAUCAUCACUCUAUGAGAAAUGGUGGCCAAAUUCUGUAUUUCCGGCAUUCAAGAUCUUACAAACUAAAUGUUUGCAAAACUUUCGGAACGAUGAACAGAUAUGUUUAGUGAGGAUGAAAGUACCAUGGCCAAUGACAAACAGAGAAGCUAUUGUUCAGUUUUUCUUAUUCGAAUACUUCAAAGACGGUUUAGUCAUCAUCCUACUUAACUCGGUCUCAGCAACAGAAGUAGAGAACGGUAUAUCUGAAGCAGUGAGGAUUGAUUUAGUAGGUGGAGUUGCCAUACAAAAGGUGUCUUCACAGAGGAGUUACUUAAGAUACAUAUCGGAGUUUGAUAUAAAGCUAGACUUGAUCCCUCCAUCUCUUAUUAACUUUAUGUCUAGGCAGCUCCUUGGAAACGGUUUCAGACUUUUUAAAAAGACCAUUGGUUCGGUGGCUAAAUCUGAUGACUACAGCAGAGUUUUAGCUGGUCCGUUGUAUACUAAGAUACGUCAAGCUCUGUAUUCUACUGAUAAAACUCAUGAAAUCUGCCAUGCAAACGAGCUCAAUAGCCAAGAAGUAGGAGGUCUUGAAGAGAAAGAAAUGGCACCUUGCAAAAGAGAUGCUCCUGAGAUUGAGGAAGAAGAAGAAGAAGAAGAUAAAAGUGUUUCUUCGGAUGGAAAUGUCGUUAAGAAGACUCAAAACAAGAAUGGUAAAACACGUUUCUGCAUAAGUCCAGAGGUAGAGCAAGCUUUAGGGACAUUAGAGAAAGUGAUAUCAAUGGUUAGAAAAUCCAAAACAGAGAACAAUACAUCAAUCUCCUCGGAGGAAGAAGAAGAAGAAGCAUCACCAUCAUCACCAAAACAGCAUUCAGAGAGCACUGCGGUUGUUUCAAGUAGUCAAGUUUGUGUUCAAGAUCCUAAAACUGAAGUUGUUGGUGAAGCUUCCCUCACACAUUAUAACAACAACAACAGCAACAGGCGAAGUGGAUCGAGUUCAUUUGCUAGAGAAGGCAACAAGAUAGCUCCUGCAUCACCGGAGACUGAUCUUACAACAAACUCCGACGUCACUAGAAUAACAAUUUCACAAGCCACAACUCUUUUCAGCCAAACAGCAGAGUAUAGUGACAACAAACCGAGCGGUUUAUAUAGAAGUAAGAGCUCGGUUCUGCAGAGGAAACGUAAACCGGGCUGCUUCGGUUUCAGGUCAUGGAUGAUGAUGAGAAGGACUUGA